UUGCCUAAAUUAAAGCUAGCUGAGUUUCUCUGACAAUAGUUUCUCUUCUCUCAUAAAUAUUAGAGCAGAUAGAGGGACGAAAAACAUGGCUCUAAGAUGGUUUGUUCAUUCAGCAUGUCAUGUUUUGGGGUACCCAAAGGACGACCACCCUAGUCACUUGCAGCACUGCAACAACAUGGGAAGCUACCAAAAAGAAGGACAUAGCGGUGGAGUCAUUCGGAGCUCGAAGGUCUCCAACGGUGAGCAGCUGUCGACCCAGACCGCAGAAAUGCAUCUCUCGGGGUUCCAAAUGCCUCUCCACUACCCUCGCUACACAAAAGCUGAUUACCAGAAGAUGGAGGAGUGGAAGGUGGACGUGCUUCUGAGGGAAUAUGGGCUAAGUUUCAAGGGCACCCUCGAUGAGAAGAGAGCAUAUGCAAUGGGGGCAUUCUUGUGGCCUGAUCAGUAUUGAUUUUACUUCAUGUUCAUAACUUGGCAGAUAAACAUAUUCGGUGUUUGCAGGGCUGAGAAUCUUUAGCUAGCUCCAUCCAUAAAUUAUGUAUCAAGCUGCUGGUAGCUGCAUGCAGUUAAUAUCUUUAUUAGUGUUAACAUAGUUGUGUCUGGUGUGGUCUUGUCGUAAUUAAGCGUGAUGGGCGUGGAACUUGAAUUUUGUUUAAUGGAGUUGUAUGAUCUUAAGAAUAAUAUUGAAGAGAGAGGUGGAGGGAUCGAGAUACACCUACACAUGUCUUUUUCCUCCUUGAGCUUAAAUAUAUCAGUUAAUCUCGUAGGUUUUU